UGUGUGUGUGUGUGUGUGUACAAGUAAUUGCGAAAUAUGAAUGCAUAAUGAGCAGAUAUUUCCCCAAGUACGCAAGGAACUUCAAGCGGCAGUGGGCGUGGCAGGCGGAAAAGAAGGAAAAGCAGGCGGAAACGGAGGCCAGUUCGUGCUCGGAACAGUUGGAGGAAUCGCCCAUGAGUCCUAUUGUGCGACCCCAGGGAUUCAGUUUGGAGGAACUGCGUCAGACCUUGGGCCACUCUGUCAUUCGCGAUCAAUGCUAUUUUAUCUAUGGAACCAACAACGUUCUGGAGAUUAUUGCAGGAUUCAAUGAGCUGCUAAACCAGGAAGCGAUCGAAUUCGGAGCCGAGCAACUGGCAUCGGUUUAUGUGACCGGAAUGGUGGUAUAUUUACUCCAUCACGAGGACAUGACAGGUACUCUGGUCAAGAGGACACUCUUCCUGCAAAGCUGCUUCGAUUACCUAGCCUGCGCCGAGGAAACACAUAUCCAUCAGAUAUGCGUGCAUAUUUUGGACCUUCUGGAUGCCAACAAUUCGGGCACAAUGCUCAACUUAAUCCAUUGCUGCCGAGUGGCCAGUCCGUUGAGCACGAUGGCCCGCGUGAUUGGAAACUGUCUGCUCUGGGCCAUGUUGGAUCGCCUCUCGAACUUGGGCCUGGACUCGCACCGGCUGCGUGCAUCUGGGACACUGCUCCUCGUCGCCGCGGUUGUGAAUCCCCGGAUUUAUCUGCAAUCUUAUAUGCAUGCCCUGCAUCUGGUGGUCCGUUUGGUGUCCAGCCUUUUGGUUGUCGGCCCACUGGGUGGCCACAACCAGCAGUUUUGCCAGGAGACCGGUGUGCCAGAAGAAUUGAUGCAAUUCUCCAAGGAGGACGCGGCCAUUUUGGUUCGCUGGCUAAUCGUCAUCGUUGAGGAAAUGCGUCCCCAAAUGGUUGAGAGUGAGGAUUUGGGACGCCUGGGAGAGCGACUCGUGCUUCUGGAGGCCGUUUGCGAGCUAAUGCAGCUUCUGCAUGGUCACUUGGUGAAAUGCCACCAAGAAAUAAACGCCCUACUCUCGACAUGGGAGAGCAACAGGAAUGAACAUUAACCAUACAAAUAUGUAUAUCCACAUUGUUCUCACAAUAGUAAACAAUUUCCAUUAAUACUUUAAAGUUUGCCGAA